AGGCAAUACAUGCGACGCUAGCUGCGAAAUUGUUCCUCGUUCCGGGUUUCGCGGCUAUCUGCCGCCGGGCUCGGCUCCCGUCUGCUGGGCUCGCUUGCAAAGAAUAACCGGACCGGUCCCGUCUCCGUUCCCCCCGCCGCCUCAAUCCGAUGUUGCAUCGCGACCUGACCAAGCACCACACUCGAAAGCUGGACCGAGCACGCCUUGCUUCAUUGGUCUUGCGGCAUUCUCAGGCCAGUCCUGAAGGAUGCUCCGUAGCCCCGCGGCGCUGGAUCGGGUCGCUUCCCUAACCGAGGAACCCGGGCAGAGAUCAGCCAGAUGCAAGAUGCAGUGUUGUGUCACCUUGCGUUGCCCGAUAAAGGACCUUGACGUCGGCCCCUUAACUCCACCUACCCCUGCAGAGCCGAGCUUGCUCCAUGCCUCCUACCACGUGCUGUGCAUAUGGGCUCGCGAUCCGUCGCAACUCGGGUCUUCUUCCGCGCCUGCACCUGAGCGCCAUUUAGUACAGAGUACUUUGCAGAAGCUAUGGCUGCUGAGCCAUGCUGCACUGCAUGCCUGCAGCCGGCAUUGGAACGGAUAUUCCAGUUUAUUGAAACGGAUGGUGCUCUGUCACAACAACCAAAGGAAUUAUAGGAAAAGUGUUGUCUCCGAGUCCAACAUGUACCACCACCAGCGCCUCGCAAUACAACCCGUUUGUUAGCGCGGAACAUGGGAACAAGUACUUACGUUUCUUGUUUCGCUUUGACCUUCUUGAUCUUUGCUUUUCCUGUUCCGCCUCCCCUUGACCUCUAUUUUUGUCAUUCUCUUCCCUAUUUUCUUACUUUUUCUCUUCAAUUUGUAUGCUUAU